CGCGUAUCCACCCCACCUGUCCCGCUCCCGCGACAGUCGUUUUUCACGUACUUACUGGAGCAAGACAUCUUCAACGACAACCACCCUUACAGCAUCAACGGUCAGACUGGGAAGGUGCACACGCGCGGACAGCUCAAGCGGGAGUCGCUGCGCCUCGCCCAUGGUCUGAGGAACGCGCGCAACGUGGGGCUAAGCGCCUUCGAGAAAGGCUCGGUCGCGCUAGUGGUCAGCCCGGCGACGAACUUGUAUCCGACGCUGAUAUUUGCCCUCGGCGCGGCAGGCAUCGUGUGUUCACCAGCCAAUCCCUUGUACACCGAGUACGAGCUCGCGCACGCGGUGAAAGUUAGCCGGGCGUCGCACGUCCUCGCACAUGCCUCGGUUAUGCCGCUGGUGCUAAGUACGCUGCGGUCCCUCGGGCGUUCACAAGAAGAUAUCAGGCGGUCGGUCAUCAUCGUCUCCCCGGAGGACGAGAUCCCGGCCGAGUACAAAUCCAGAGGCUGGGCUAGUCUCAGCAAGCUCGACUACACACCUGUGCCGAGCGUCCCCGAGCAUCUCGACGGCGGCGCGUCCGACGCGACCGCGUUCAUCUACUUCAGCUCAGGGACGACGGGCCUGAGCAAAGGCGUCGAGCUCUCGCACGCCAACGUGACGGCGAACCUCGCGCAGAUGCGCGCGUGCUACCAGUACCUGCAGAGCAACCGCGACGUGACAAUCACCGGUCUGCCGCUGUUCCACGUCGUGGGCGGGCAGACGUUCGUGCUGUUCCCGUUCUUGAAAGGCGUGCCGGUCGUCGCGCUGCCGCGGCUCGUGCUCGAGGAGUACCUCGCGUGCAUCGAGCGGUACAAAGUCUCGAUGGUCAUCACGCUGCCGCCUGUGCUGCUCGCGCUGACGACCAGCCCGCUGGUCGACAAGUAUGACCUGUCGUCGUUGCGCGUGAUGACAGUAGGGGCGGCACCUGUAUCGCCCGAGAUGAUCCUCGCCUGCCGCCGUCGAUUCGCCAAGAAAGGUUGGCAGGCGACCAUAGGCGAAGCCUAUGGAAUGGACAGAGCUAUGUCAGUUCGCGCCAACCAUGUAAUGGUGUCGCAUGCGUCCUCCAUCGGGUGGCAGUUUCCCAAUUCGGAGAUACGUGUGGUGGAUGACGACGACAAAGAUGUGCCUAUCGGCUCGCAGGGGGAACUCUGGUUCAGAAGCCCCAGCGUCAUGAAAGGGUAUGCGAAUAACCCGAAGGCGACAGCGGAAACCAUUACGCCUGAUGGCUGGCUCAAGACGGGCGACAUGGCUGUUGUGGAUAAAGAUGGGUUUGUGUCGAUCACGGACCGCAAGAAGGAGCUCAUCAAGUAUAAGGGCUUCCAAGUUGCCCCUGCAGAGCUGGAAGAUAUCAUCGGCUCGCAUCAGGGUGUGGCGGACUGUGCCGUGAUCGGAGUGUACGAGAAGGAUCAGGCCACGGAAUUGCCCAAAGCCUACGUGGUCCCUAGAGACGCGAAGCUGCUCAAGGGCGGAGACCCCAGUUCUCUCAUUCAGAGCAUCCACAGCCUCGUCGCGCCCCGUGUCGCGCACUACAAAUACUUACGCGGGGGCAUCGCGCUGACAGCUGAGAUACCGAGAACUCCCUCUGGGAAAAUCUUGAAGAGAAAGUUGCGGGAGCUGGAGGGUGCACAGAAGGGGCCUAUACCGAAACUGUAG